GCCUCACCCUGAUUUUUCAUGCCUAACGAGUUUUUACAUUUUUCUGCUCUCUUUCCUGGGGUGGUGGGUGAGGCGGGACCCAGAAGAGCCAACCUCUUGCCGUCCUCUCUGAAAAUGACCGGGCCGCACUUUGCCGACAUUUCCUUAAACCUCUACUCUUUCCUCGGGACAUUCUCCACGGUUCCUAAGGAUAGGGGGCGGGACAAAGAUAGAUGAACGGGUUUAGUAGCCAGUUACCGGCGAGCACUGGGUGCAGUUCCGGUUCCGGUGGCGCAGAUCUCUGGGUCCUGGCUGAGGUGAGGGCUACGGCAACGCUGUGAGAUGCCUCUGCACAAAUUCCCGGUCUACCUGCGGAAGCGGCUGCAGCUGCGGGAGGGCAUCUGCUCGCGCCUGCCCGCGCAUUUCCUGCGCUCUUUGGAGAAUACCUCCACGCCUACCCCUGUCCACUAUCAGCCUCACGGGGCCAAGUUCAAGAUCAAUCCCAAGAACGGGCAACGGGAGCGCGUGGAGGACGUGCCCAUCCCCAUUUACUAUCCCCCUGAGUCCCAGAAGGGGCUCUGGGGUGGCGAGGGCUGGAUCUUGGGCUACAGAUAUGCUAACAACGACAAGACCCCAAAGGAAGACCUGUGCUCCAAGUUCGGGAUGGACCUAAAGCGAGGAAUGCUGUUGAGGCUUGCCCGGCAGGACCCCCAGCUACACCCAGAUGACCCUGAGAGGAGAGUAGCCAUCUAUGACAAAUACAAGGAGUUUGUCAUCCCAGAGGAGGAGGCUGAGUGGGUUGGCCUGACGCUAGAGGAAGCUGUGGAGAAGCAGAGGCUCCUGGAGAAAAAGGACCCUGUCCCCCUCUUCAAGAUCUACGUGGAGGAGCUGGUUGAGCGGCUUCAGCAACAGGCACUGUCAGAGCCUGUGGUGGUACAGAAGAGAGCCAGCGGGAAGUGACCAAACAGCCUCUUCAGUGUCUGACCACCAGGCUCAGCCUUUCCUGCUGGGUCUUUGUUUUGUUUUUUUUUUCUUGGUGCCGGGGAUCGAACUCGGGUCCUUGCGCUUGCACAGCAGGCGGCGAAACCACUGAGCUAAAUCCCUGGGCCAUCCUGCUGAGUCUUUUAUCACUGUGGACACGGAACCUGGGAUGGCCAUGAGGGCCACCUGUGUGUGGGCAGUGGGUGAAUCCUGGAUUUUGUAUGCUAGCCACACAGUUCCUGGGGCCACUCUUGUCCCAGGAAUCCCGGAGGCUCUUCCCAGAGUGGGGCAAAUACUGGACAGCAUUUAUUGUGCCUGUGGGUCUAGGACCAAGUAAAGUCUGAGCCAGUCA